AUGAAAAUUAUUAGCUGGAAUGUAAGAGGGUUAGGGAGUGCAAGGAAGAGAAGGAUGAUCAAAGACCUACUCCAAAGGGAAAAACCUGAUAUUGUGCUGUUACAAGAAUCCAAAUUGAUGGAMUUAGAUGGGAGAUGGGUGAGGAGUUUUUGGAGGUCUAGAGGUUUAGGUUGGAGCUUGGCUCCUUCUUGGGGAGCCUCGGGGGGGAUUGUAACACUGUGGAAGGAGGAUGUGGUGGAAGUAGUGGAAGAAUUGAUAGGCAGAUUCUCAGUUUCCAUUAAGUGCAAGAAUGUAGAGAAUGGGUGUGUAUGGGUUUUAACCAAUGUUUAUGGCCCUAAUUCCUAUAGAGAGAGGAAUGAGAUGUGGGAGGAACUAUAUGCAAUCAAGGGGCUAUGGGAUGGUCCUUGGUGCCUGAGCGGGGAUUUUAACGUCAUUAGAUUCUCUGAUGAAACUAGUAAUCCCCAACAGGUAAUCUCAACAAGCAUGAGGAAAUUUAAUGGUUUUAUUGAGGAUUGUGAUCUGAAGGAAAUACCUCUGCUGCAAGCCAGUUACACUUGGUCCAACCUUCAGGAAACCCCUUUGUGCUCGAAGUUGGAUAGAUUCUUAUUUAACCUUGCCUAG